AUGAAGGAGACAGCGGCGGCGCGACCUGCCGUCGAGAAGAAUGAGGCGGUUGCGGCGACGCCCGCACGCAAGAGGCGCGCAUCCGACGAAGCGUCUGGGUCCAGGUCCAGGUCCAGGUCACACAAACUGGCACGUGAUUGCGGCUGCGACGGCGAUCUCAUCAACAAUCUUCCGGAUGUUAUCCUCGCCACCAUCGUCUCCCUCCUCCCCACCAAGUACGGCGUCCGCUCGCAGGCCGUCGCCCGUAGAUGGCGUCCUCUCUGGCGCUCAGCGCCUCUCAACCUCGACGCCUCCUACGACCUUUGCUCCAACGACUUCGGGCGCUUCUCCCUCGUCUCCAGGAUCCUCUGCGAUCACCCUGGCCCGGCCCGCCGCUUCGCGUUCGACCGCAUCCACCUCCACAGAGAGGAAAAAAGGUACGCCGAGGAAGCCGCUCAGCUCGAGAGCUGGUUCAACUCCCCGCUCCUGGACAACCUCCAGGAACUCGAUAUCGUCUUCUCGCUCUUGGAAUAUUUGUGUGGGCAGUCUGAGAAGGAGAAGCGCUAUCCGCUGCCACCGUCGGUGUUGCGCUUAGCACCAACCCUCCAAUUGGCCAGGAUUGGCUCCUGUGAUUUUCCAACGGAGAUUUCACCAGCGCUGAAUUUCCCCCUCCUCAGGCAGCUCGACCUACGGUGCGUUUCCAUCUCCGAGGAUGUCUUCUCCGGGGUGCUCUCUGGCUGCCAUGUCUUGGAGAACUUAUACUUGUCGGAGAUUCGUGAUGUAGGUUGCCUCCGCAUAUGCUCGCCAACUCUCAGGAUCAUCGUCAUCUCUUGUUUGUUUGAAGACAACGGAGAAUUGGUCAUUAUGGAGGCCCCUCGCCUUGAAAGAUUGUUGUUACGUUAGCCAGGCACAGGUAGUGAGAUUAUCCGGGUUGUUAGCGCACCUAAACUGCAGAUGUUGGGCCUUUUGUCUCCCUGCAUCUCAGAAAUUGAAAUUGCUAAUAUAGUCUUCCAGGGAUUGAUCCCAUCCAUCUCGGAAAACUCAAUAAGCACCGUAAAGGUUUUGGCUCUCAAGUUUUCUGGCCCUGCUUUGGGUGCAGUUCUCAACAUCCUUAGAUGCUUUCCCUGCUUGGAAAAGCUGUAUGUCAUUUGGGAUGAAUAUGUAAAGGCAGAGAUAAAAAAUGUGCGUGAGUAUGACCCACUAGAUCCAAUCAAAUGCCUUGAGAACCAUCUCAAAGUAUUGGUAUUGAAGAAUUACAAAGGUGGUGAGGAAGAUGUUGGCUUUGCCAAGUUCUUUGUUUUGAAUGCAAAAGUGCUAAAGGAAAUCAAAUUUGGAGUUUGUAAGAAAAUUGACAUCGACAAGAAAUGGAUGACUGAUCAACUCAUGCUGCUAGAAGUGGAAACAAGACCUUCACCUGACACUGUAUUCAAAUAUAGAAGUGGUUCUUCUUGUUGGGACACUUAUUUGGAUACCGAGGACUUAUCCGUUGCCGACCCUUUCAGCUGUUGUUUUUUAGACGGGUAGAUACUCUUUCAGAAGCAUAUCUGUGAUCUGUCAA